AAGAAGGAUUCCCCCCUUGAUCGUACCCUUCACGGCCCAAUACCAAUCAGGUUUCGCUGUCCUUUCUUCAUCGAACAUCCGAGUCUGUUAACUCAUUGCGUGUUGAAAUUCAUUGAAUCGAUCUGCAAAACCUUUCGCGGAUAAUUGAAUUGAUAACUCGAGAAGAUAAGAUUUUAAUUUUAGAGGUUGAAUCUAAUGAGGGAUGCUGAAAGAUGCAGAAAUGGAGAAGGGGCACCUUUGGUGGCAGAGAAUGAUGGUCAGGGAGUCGACGGGCUUAUUCCUCAGUUAUUUACCUCACUACCAGCUCUAAAUGGUGCUGUUUCUUGUCUUGCACAAACAACUACUUUAUUUACUGGUUGUUUUUCUGAUUAUGCUGUGGAUUCUUCUUCUGGAGAUUUGAGUGAUUCGGUUGUACAUGCACAAGAAUUAGAAACAUUUUAUUCUGAACCGAAUGAGGAUGAUUCUGUGAUUAGUAAUACUCCAAAUUCAAGUGAAAGCAGCACAGCUGUGUCUGAAUCCUCUACUCUUACAAUUACUGCCUCUGCUAACCAUGAUGGAAUAGCAAGGGCCUCUGCAGGAGAUCCAUCCGAAAUUACCGGUGCAAUUGUACAAUCAAGUUAUCAUGGGCAAAAUGGGAUUUCCAUUUUCAAAGGGCUUAUUGAUAGAGCACAGAGGACUGUUCGUGGAUCCACAGAUGAUAUAGGAUGGUUGAAGCGUGAUCCCGAGAUGCCUCCGGUUGAAGAUGGAACCGAGAAGUUCACAGAGAUUUUAGACAAUAUUAGGCACGGUCUGCACAAACUGCCAAAUUCAAUGGUUUAUUUAUUGGUUCCAGGUCUUUUCAGCAACCAUGGCCCUCUAUAUUUUGUCAGUACAAAAACAAGCUUCUCAAAGCUGGGUCUAACUUGUCAUAUUGCCAAAAUUCAUAGUGAGGCUUCAGUUGAGAAAAAUGCCAAAGAAAUUAAAGAUUACGUUGAGGAAAUUUAUUGGGGUUCCAACAAACGUGUUUUGCUUCUCGGACACAGCAAAGGCGGAGUAGAUGCAGCGGCUGCUUUAUCUAUCUAUUGGUCUGACUUGAAAGAUAAGGUUGCCGGGUUGGCAGUAGCACAGAGUCCAUAUGGCGGAAGCCCUAUAGCUUCAGAUAUCUUGCGAGAAGGACAACUCGGUGAUUAUGUGAAUGUACGGAAACUUAUGGAGAUUUUGAUUUGUAAAGUGAUUAAGGGGGACAUGCAAGCUUUGGAGGACUUAACAUACGCUAGGAGGAAGGAAUUUUUGAAGAAACACCGUUUACCGAAGGAGCUUCCUGUUGUUUCAUUCCAUACCGAGGCCGGCAUUACUCCUGCCGUUCUGGCCACGUUAUCUCACAUCGCUCAUGCAGAGCUACCAUUGAUGUCCACCCUAUCUGAUGGCCAGCCCGCAAGGUUGCCUGUGGUCAUGCCCCUCGGUGCUGUGAUGGCUGCAUGCGCCCAGUUGCUGCAGGUCAGAUAUGGUGAAAAGAGCGACGGCCUCGUGGCGCGUUGUGAUGCAGAAGCCCCAGGAUCCUUUGUGGUCCGGCCAAAUCGUAAAUUAGAUCAUGCCUGGAUGGUCUAUUCAUCGUUGAACAACGACUCUUCGGAACCAGAUGCAGCGCAAGUGUGCGAGGCUCUGUUAACGUUGCUCGUGGAAGUUGGGCAGAGAAAAAGACGUGAACUCUCGAGGAAAUACGAAUGAGGUAAAUGCGGCUCGUGUCGACUCAACCAAGUAGCUGAGGUUCUUUAAGCAUCAGUAGCUCCAUUUAAGCCUGGUAAUUUUUUUAUUUGUACAUACCUGAAUCGUUAGAUUUGUAAAAUGGAAAAGGUAUUACCAUGAUCAAAGGGUAUGCGACAUUGUUGUAUAUAACUGAUCUUUUAAGUUAUCUCGA